AUGGCAGGAUUUCACAUACCCGGGGACCCGUACUUUCCUAAUCAAGGAAACGCGCGGUGGAUCGAUGAUGAGCCCGAGCAACAAAUCGAAGAGGAUCCCGAAGAGGAUCCCGAAGAGAAUCCCGAAGAGGAACCCAAGGAGGAAGACAAACAAGAAGAAGAGGAGGAAGACGAACAUGAAGGAGAGGAGGAAGACGAAGAAGAAGAAGAGGAGGAAGACGAAGAAGAAGUAGAGGAAGAUGAUGAUAUAGUCAUGGUUGGGAACGAAAUGGAGGAACAACCGGAAGUAUUCAACCCUCCUUACAUCACGAGGGUACCCGCACACCGUUUUGGAUACAACAGACCUGAACCCCCUUGGGUAACGACGAUCGAAAGGUGGAGCCGACAACAACGCCAGCGGUCACCAUAUGGCAACCAACGAGGUUAUUAUGACCUCAUCCAUGGUGGACCGACUGACAGAGCCCUCCCCGUCACGAUACAUCGAAUAGCAAGUAUGGAUGAUCGUGGUAGGACGACGACCGAUCAGGUCAAGGAACUAAGCGCCAUCGUACAGUCUACCACUGAUCGUACUAGAGAUCUGGAACGAGACUCCCACCACAGAGACCAACUCAUUCAAGACCUUCUCGCUGCUCGAGCAGAAACAAGAGAGUAUCGGGAAAGAUACAUGGCACUCGAAGAGAGAAUAGUUGCAGCCGAACGGAGAUUGGCAGAACUACAAGGCGAGUCGACAUCAUCUCAGGCUCCGUCAAAGAAGGGUCGUCAUGAUUAG